AUGUCUUACCCUUCAAGUUACGGAGCACCGGGUGUACCACCGCCACUACCACCAGGAAUGUACCCACAACCUACAACCUCCUCGUAUUCGGCAGCACCUCCGCCUUCAUCCUCAUAUAACAGUAGCACCAACAAUAAUGCCUCAUCAUACCCUAACUCUUCAUACAACAAAACUGGAAAUUACGGGUCAAGUUCAUACUCAUCAAGGUACGGUAGCAGUAGCAAUGGUGAUCGUGGAAACGAUCGGUCUUAUGAUGAUCGCAGCCGACGAGAGCGUAAAGACGAAUAUGAUUAUUAUUCUGGGUACAAUAAUUCUUCUAGGUAUGAAUCUCGCAAUAGUUCAAAUUAUCGAGAUCGUAGUCCAACAAGCUAUGAUCGAUAUGGAAGUAGCGGUGGCGGUGGGGGAGGAGGAGCAAAUGCUGAUCGAUAUUCCUCUACUUCGGGCAACUAUCGUUCAUAUGCUUCUGGCGGGGCGAGUACAAGUGCCGCUGAUCGAAUGUCAUCACUGGGCUCUUCAUUAACUCGUCAAGAUUGGGAUCUUUCGAAACUCACUAAAUUCGAAAAGAACUUUUAUCGGGAACAUCCGAAUGUCGCAGCACGCUCUCUAACUGAAGUUGAAGAAUAUCGUCGAAAACAUGAAAUGAAAGUUUUCGGUCGUGAUAUACCCAAACCGGUGCAAACCUUUGAUGAAGCAAAUUUUCCUGCUUAUGUAUUAAAGGAGGUAUUAGAACUCGGAUUCACAGCACCAACCCCUAUUCAGUCACAAGGUUGGCCCAUGGCUCUUUCUGGUAGAGACGUGGUGGGUAUUGCUGAAACCGGUUCUGGUAAAACAUUAGCAUAUUGUUUGCCAGCUAUAGUACACAUAAAUGCUCAGCCAUUCCUUGAACCUGGCGAUGGACCAAUUGUUUUGAUCUUGGCACCUACUCGUGAACUUGCAGUUCAAAUUCAGAAUGAAUGUACCAAAUUUGGCAAAUCAUCAAAAAUUAAGAACACGUGUGUUUAUGGCGGUGUUCCAAAAGGACCUCAAGCUCGCGAACUACAGCAAGGUGCAGAGAUUUGCAUUGCAACUCCUGGGCGACUUAUCGACAUGUUAGAAUCGAGGCGCACAAAUCUUCGUCGCGUUACUUAUCUUGUCCUAGACGAAGCAGAUCGUAUGUUAGAUAUGGGCUUCGAGCCACAAAUACGAAAAAUUGUUGAUCAAAUUCGACCUGAUCGACAAACACUUAUGUGGAGUGCUACAUGGCCUAAAGAGGUGAAACGUCUCGCAGAAGACUACUUGCAUGAUUUCAUUCAAGUCAACAUAGGCUCGAUGGAUUUAUCAGCAAGUCAUAAUAUUACACAAACUGUCGAAGUCUGUUCUGAAUAUGAAAAACGCUCAAAAUUGGUGAAACAUCUUGAACGCAUAAUGGACGCGCGAGAUAACAAAACACUGAUCUUCACUGGAACCAAACGAACAGCUGAUGAAAUCACAAAAUACUUACGACAGGAUGGAUGGCCAGCUUUGGCAAUUCACGGUGAUAAAGCUCAAACAGAGCGUGAUUGGGUAUUAUCGGAAUUCCGAACUGGAAAAUCACCGAUUAUGGUAGCAACGGAUGUAGCAUCCCGCGGGAUUGAUGUGAAAGAUGUAAAGCUAGUUAUCAAUUACGAUUUUCCGACCAAUGUUGAGGAUUAUGUACAUCGCAUUGGUCGAACAGGACGUGGUGGUGCUAAGGGCGCUGCUAUAACUUUUUUCACAAUGGAGAACUCUAAACAAGCUAAAGAUUUGGUCAAUAUUUUGCGAGAAGCAAAUCAAGAAAUUGACCCUAAAUUAAUAGAAUUAUCCAAAAUCGUCACCCCUUCAAGUAUAGAAAGACGUCAGAGAUACGGCAGUGGCCGUGGAUUCGGUAGCACUAAUACUAUGAGGGGAAGUAGCAGUCGAUGGUGA